AUGAUCCACCGCGAAGUAGCCGAUGGUCUAGAGCGUCUUUGGAACGUAAGAGUAAACUGCAUAUGGGAAGCCGAUGAAAGUAGUCGCCAUGGAGAGGUUUAUAUAUUCGACCAUGUAUUUAAGCAGGAAUGUACAAAUUCAGAUGUAUAUGGAUCUGUAGUAAAACCUUUAGUCGAUUCCUUCAUGGAAGGUUUCAAUGCCACAAUAUUUGCAUAUGGCCAAACAUCUUCUGGCAAAACACACACCAUUUUGGGCAAUAAAACAGAUCCUGGGCUUUUCCAAUUAGUAUCCAAUCAGUUAUUCCAGCAUGUGGCAGACCAGGUUGAUAAGAGGUACUUGAUUAGAUGCAGUUAUAUUGAAAUCUACAAUGAAAAGAUCAAUGACCUCCUGGAUAAGAGCAAUCAGGGUUUAACUAUAAGAGAAGAUAUCAAAGGAAAUGUGCUGCUUGAUGCAAGGGAAGCUGUCGUAGACAAUGUUGAUAAAGUUAUGGAGAACAUGAUGCAGGGCAAUAAGAUCAGACGAGUUGCAGCUACUCGCAUGAAUGAGAGGUCAUCUCGAUCACACACGAUUUUCCGGAUUAUUCUGGAGUCGAAAGAUGCCAAUCAGAAAGAUGGACCUGUACAUAUAAGCUACCUUAACUUAAUGGACUUAGCUGGUUCUGAGAGAGUUUCUCUGACGAAAGCUGCUGGUGAGCGUCUUAAAGAGGGGGCUAACAUAAACAAAUCUUUGUCAGUAUUAGGAAAUGUGAUAAGGCAACUAAGCGAGGGGAAGGAGUUUAUCAGUUAUCGCGAUUCGAAAUUGACUAGACUGCUCUCACAGGCUCUUGGCGGUAAUGCCAAAUCAUUGAUUAUCGGGAAUCAUGUGGCAGACCAGGUUGAUAAGAGGUACUUGAUUAGAUGCAGUUAUAUUGAAAUCUACAAUGAAAAGAUCAAUGACCUCCUGGAUAAGAGCAAUCAGGGUUUAACUAUAAGAGAAGAUAUCAAAGGAAAUGUGCUGCUUGAUGCAAGGGAAGCUGUCGUAGACAAUGUUGAUAAAGUUAUGGAGAACAUGAUGCAGGGCAAUAAGAUCAGACGAGUUGCAGCUACUCGCAUGAAUGAGAGGUCAUCUCGAUCACACACGAUUUUCCGGAUUAUUCUGGAGUCGAAAGAUGCCAAUCAGAAGAUGGACCUGUACUAUAAGCUACCUUAA